GCCGCCCCUUCGCCCCCGUGUUACUGGGUAGAACAAAACAAAAACAGUGAGCGGGGUUAGAGACGCUCCGAGGCGGCGGCCGAGGCUGAGGAGCGGUGCCGGGGCGGGAAGACCGGGGACCUGGGCGAGCGGCGGCGGCGGUGGCCAGAGGGAUUCUGACAGAAGACUUCCCUUUGGUAGUUUGUUUAAUCAGUACAAGUAAAAUUAAGAAACAAUGGAAAUAGAAAGUGAGCAGAUACUGAAUGUGAACCCUACAGAUCCUGAUAAUUUAAGUGACUCUCUCAUUUCUGGUGAUGAAGAAAACACUGGGACUGAGGAAAUAAGGAAUGAAAUAAAUGGAAAUUGGAUUUCAGCAUCCUCCAUUAAUGAAGCUAGAAUUAAUGCCAAGGCAAAAAGACGACUACGGAAAAACUCAUCCCGGGACUCUGGCAGAGGCGAUUCAGUCAGUGAUAAUGGAAGUGAAGCCCUUCGAGGUGGAGUAACUGUGCCAACCAGUCCGAAGGGACGGUUGCUAGAUAGGCGGUCUAGAUCUGGUAAAGGAAGGGGACUACCAAAGAAAGGUGGUGCAGGAGGCAAAGGUGUCUGGGGUACACCUGGACAGGUUUACGAUGUGGAGGAGGUGGAUGUGAAAGAUCCUAACUAUGAUGACGAUCAGGAGAAUUGUGUUUAUGAAACUGUAGUUUUGCCUUUGGAUGAAAGGGCAUUUGAGAAGACGUUGACACCAAUUAUACAGGAAUACUUUGAGCAUGGAGAUACCAAUGAAGUUGCGGAAAUGCUAAAAGAUUUAAAUCUUGGUGAAAUGAAAAGUGGAGUGCCAGUGUUGGCAGUGUCCUUAGCAUUGGAGGGAAAGGCUAGUCACAGAGAAAUGACAUCGAAGCUGCUUUCUGACCUCUGUGGGACAGUAAUGAGCACAAAUGAUGUGGAGAAGUCCUUUGACAAGUUGUUGCAAGACCUCCCUGAAUUAGCAUUGGAUACCCCUAGAGCACCACAGUUGGUUGGCCAAUUUAUUGCUAGAGCUGUUGGAGAUGGAAUUUUAUGUAAUACCUAUAUUGAUAGUUACAAAGGAACUGUAGAUUGUAUACAGGCCAGAUUGAUAUGCUGCUGAAAGAGUAUUUACUGUCUGGAGACAUAUCUGAAGCUGAGCAUUGCCUUAAGGACUUGGAAGUACCUCAUUUUCACCAUGAACUUGUAUAUGAAGCUAUUGUAAUGGUUUUAGAAUCAACUGGCGAAAGUGCAUUCAAGAUGAUUUUGGAUUUAUUAAAAUCUCUUUGGAAGUCUUCUACCAUUACCGUAGACCAAAUGAAAAGAGGUUAUGAGAGAAUUUACAAUGAAAUUCCUGACAUUAAUCUGGAUGUCCCACAUUCAUACUCUGUGCUUGAGAGAUUUGUAGAAGAAUGUUUUCACGCUGGAAUAAUUUCCAAACAACUCAGAGAUCUUUGUCCUUCAAGGGGCAGAAAGCGUUUUGUAAGUGAAGGAGAUGGAGGUCGCCUUAAACCAGAGAGCUACUGAAUAUAAGAACUCUUGCAGUCUUCGGUGUUAUAAAAAUAUAUAUCUGAAUUGUAAGAGAUUGUUAGCACAGGUUUUUUUUUUUAAAUUUUAGCACUUGUUUUGGGUACAAGGCUUUUCUGAAAUUUUAUAAAUUUUAAGGGGAAUUUUUAAAAGGAAGGUUUUUUUUUUGAGAGUAGAAAGGAAAGAGAGAAAAGUAACCACUGAAGUGGAAUAUUCUAAUAAGCUACCUUUUGUAAGUGCCAUGUUUAUGACCUAAUCAUUCCAAGUUUUGCAUUGAUGUCUGACUGCCACUCCUUUCUUUCAAGGACAGUGUUUUUUGUAGUAAAAUCACUGGUUUAUACAAAGCUUUAUUUAGGGGGUGAAGUUAAGCUGCUAAACCCCAUGUUGGCUGCUGCUGUUGAAAUACUGUGCUUUGGGAGUAAAAAAAAAAAGUUUCUUUGUCUUAAAGAAUUUAAAAAAAUGAGUCAUGAGACUUACUCAUCUUUCCAGGGAACAUACUGAUUGGUCUUAAAGACUAGACAGUUAAGUAAAUGGUGGCUGGAACAUCUAUUUUUCUACAAAACUGGAAAAAUGAAACUGGUUCUAUAAGAAUGUAUAACAAAAUAAAACAUGUGAAGCAGUGUUGA